CCUGCGUUUCACAGGGUCACACACACUGCAACGAUGGCGAUCGAGGGCGAGACGUCGACGUCGCCGUCCGCCGCCGCCAGCAGCCGCCCGACCAAGAAGCGCGCCGGCUACUACGCCGACCCGACGUCGCCGAUUGCCUCGACGCCGCUGAAGCGCCAGCGCGUCGCCACGCCAGUAGCACCGACAUCGACGACGACCGCCAAGCCCGCCGACGACGCCGACACGUGCACGCGCAAGCUCGACUUGGACGACGAUGACGACUCGGACAGUGCGCCCGAGACGAGCGACCUCAACCUCUUUUCGCCAACGCUCAAGGUCGACAAGAAGAGCGUCGCGCCACGCCCACCGGCGGUCGUCGAGGUCGAAGCCGCCGACGAAGCGCCCGUCGAGGAAGCCGCCGACGACACGGUGGUCGAGCUCGAGUUCAAUCCGUUUUACUUUAUGAAGACGCUGCCAGCGUACGAAGACGUCCAGGACUUUGUCCGGCCCGUCCUCGACCUCGACGAGACGCUCGUGCAUUGCUCGGUCGAUGAUGUGGCCGACGUGGAUCUCAAGUUUCCCAUUGAUUACAAUGGGACCGAAUACACGGUGUCGGUCAAGAAGCGGCCGUACAUGAACGAGUUUCUGGCUCAAGUGUCGGAAUGGUUUGAGGUUGUGGUGUUUACAGCGUCGCAACGCGUGUACGCCGAGACGCUCCUCAACCUCUUGGACCCGUACGGACAGUACAUCAAGCACCGACUGUACCGCGACAACUGCCUGCCCGUCGAAGGCAACUACCUCAAGGACUUGAACGUGCUUGGACGCGACUUGAGUCAAGUGCUUUUGAUCGACAACUCGCCGCAUGCGUUUGGGUAUCAAGUCGACAAUGGGAUCCCGAUCGAGAGUUGGUUUUCGGACGAAGCCGACGACGAGCUCCUCAAGCUGCUGCCGUUCCUCGAGAGCCUCGCGCACGUGGACGACGUGCGGCCGAUCGUCGCGCGGCAGUUCCAGAUCCAGCGCCUCAUUGACUCGGCGCAACUCGAGGUCGAUCCCACCACGUAG